ACAUUAACCUUCAGAGUCCUUGACUUCCAAGGCAGCCGUUUGUCGUCACCAUAAGGCAUUUUCUUUUCUUAGUUCUUGUUGUUUCUUUGCAUUUGCCGAGUUAUUUUUGAAUCUUAAUUUCCAGCAAAUCUAUUCUUCUUCAAUUCUUCUUCCAACUUCUAGACUCCCCUUGACAACUUCUUACUAAUUCAUCUAUUCUCCUUUAGGGAAUUUAGAUUCUGAUCAUUAGCACCAAUUCCUUCCACAAAGAAAUGCAUUUGAAAUGUUUUUGUUGUUUUCAGAGUGAAGAUGAGAAAACUCCACAAAGAAACAAUGUCAACAAGGUAAAUAGGGACUAUCCAUGGGAAAUAUACACCUUGAAGGAGUUGCUGCGCGCAACAAACAACUUUCAUCAAGAUAACAAGAUUGGAGAAGGUGGAUUUGGAAGUGUUUAUUGGGGUCGAACAAGUAAAGGCGUUGAGAUUGCGGUGAAGCGCUUGAAGACUAUGACUGCUAAGGCAGAGAUGGAGUUUGCAGUUGAGGUGGAAGUGCUUGGAAGAGUGAGGCAUAAGAAUUUGUUAGGAUUGAGGGGAUUCUAUGCAGGAGGAGAAGAAAGGUUGAUUGUGUAUGAUUACAUGCCUAAUCACAGCUUGCUUACCCAUUUGCAUGGUCAACUUGCUUCUGAUUGUCUACUAGAUUGGCCUAAAAGAAUGAAUAUAGUAAUUGGAUCAGCUGAAGGGUUAGCGUAUUUGCACCAUGAGGCAAAUCCUCACAUCAUUCACAGAGACAUAAAAGCAAGCAAUGUUCUUUUAGACAAUGAAUUUCAAGCCAAGGUUGCUGAUUUUGGUUUUGCAAAGCUUAUACCAGAGGGUGUGAGCCAUCUCACCACAAGGGUUAAAGGCACACUCGGAUACUUAGCCCCAGAAUACGCGAUGUGGGGCAAAGUUUCCGAGAGCUGUGAUGUUUUUAGCUUUGGGAUUCUGCUUUUGGAGAUUGUGAGUGCAAAGAAACCAAUUGAGAAACUCCCGGGAGGAAUCAAAAGGGACAUUGUUCAAUGGGUCACGCCGUAUUUCCACAAGGGCGUGUUCAAACACAUUGCGGAUCCAAAGCUGAAGGGGAAUUUUGAUUUGGAGGAGUUGAUAUCUGUGAUCACGUUGGCUAUGAGGUGCACGGAUGGUAGCCCUGAUAAGAGGCCUAGCAUGGCUGAGGUGGUGGAAUGGCUUAAGGGUGGUGGUGGUGGUGGUGGUGGGAAGAGAAAAAAAGAGAUUCCCAAUUUGAGUUACAAGAAUGGUGACCAAGAAAAUGAGGAAGAUCAUGAAGAGAUUGAAACAAUGCAGUCCAAGUGGAAAACACAAAGUGAUAAUGACAGGGCUAGAAUAAGAUAAUAUUUUAGUGCGUGCUUGAGAUUUAUUAUGCAUCUUCCUGUUUAUGAAAAUAAGAUGAAAUUUUAUUAUAUUUGUGAAGUUGUUAUGUAUCUAUCACUUUGGCCUUAUGAUCAUCUUUAGUACUAUAUUUAAUUUAAUUUGUAGCUACCUUUAUGUGACUCAUUCAAAUGAAAUGUAUAUCUGCCAAAUGUUCAGGUAA